AUGGCUCCCCCUCCUUCCCCCUCCUCUCCCCGUCGGCUGGCGACCACAGAGCGACCUCACGGUUGUCCUGCUGGCAUCCUACAUCCAGGACCCCCAACACCUCUCCAGACCGCCGGUAGUGUGCCCGGCCUGUCAAAGUUUACUUCAGGCGCCUGCACCAUCAUCCAAGGCGCCACUCAUCACUGGCGCGUCGUUUUCGCAUCGGCAAACCUGCAGAUCGCCGCCACCCUAGACCACCGCGCACCUGGGCCACCUCACCACCCUCCUCAUUGCCAAACCAUUGGGCAUACGGACGACCCCAUUGCACAGCACAGCGAUGCCUUUGGUCUUGGGGUCUCGGCUCUCACCACUAGAGAAGAGGAUAUUUACGACAAGCUCAAGAACAUGCUGUCAUGCGCCGUGCCUUCUACCACCUCCACCAUUGCCCCUUACCUCACUCGGAUGGCAUCCGCGCGCAUCGUAAACACUGCCCGCCAGCUCCUCAUUCCAAUAGCAAUGACAGCAGGAUCUCGGCCCGCAGGCUCAACAGAAAGGCCCCCAGUGCCACUAGCCCAGAAGUGCAGAACGGUCUCGGACCACAGCCUCACAGUAGAAAGGCCCAUGUGCCUCUAUCACCAUUCAAGACAAAUGCCCGCACAUUGUGAAAUCUCAUGUGCCGUGCAACGCACCUUGGCCAUGUCGGAUCAUGUCUAUCAAGAAAUCGGCUCCCCCACACACCUUGUGCGGACCGCUGCUCCCAUCAAGCAUGGUGGCUUAGCCCGGCACGGUAUCGCUGUCAACCUCAACUUAGGGUCAACGAGCGUCCCUGCCAACCUUACCUGCACACCCAACGUGCAAUCGCAGCGAGGCAUCGGGCCACAGACUUCCCUGCCGUUCAACCCUGCACACCUUACCUGCAGCCACACGUUGUCCAACCCCACCACCCCAUUGUAA